UAAAACAAACCACGAGCAAGAGAACGUUGACACCAUCCUGGAAGAGAUAGAUGAAGAGAAGAAGAAUAUGGCUGAAAUGGCCAUUCAGGUUGAUAUAGAAAGAAAAGAACUAGAGAAUGCAAGGACCAUCAUUACCUUGAAACAGAAAGAACAAGAAUUCAAAGACAAUGACAUCAUAAAACAAACACAAGAGUUGGAUGCCAGUCAUCGUAUCUUACAAGAAGAAAGAGAAGUAUUGGAAAUUAUGAAGAAAGAUCUAAAUGUGCAGCAAGAAGAAAUUCAAUCCACAGUUAAGACUAUCGAAGAAGAAAAAGAUGAACUACAAGUAUUAAAGGCUGACAUAGACACAGAAAGAGGUAUUUUGUUAGCACAGAGAGAGAAGAUGGAAACAAAAGUAUCUGAGGUCACCAUCAGAGAGGAGGUGCUCAUGAAAACAAUGAAAACCAUUGAACAUCAGAGAACCAAACUCAGAGAGCUAGAUGACAGGAGUCGUGCAGACAUCGGGAGUAAAAUGAAAAGCUUAGAAGAGAAAAAUAUGAAUGUACAAAAACUCAGCAAGAUUUUUAGAGAAAAGUAUGAUAAACUUGAUAAACAAAAAGAAAGGAUGGACGUUUAUUCUGAACUGAUACAGAAAGAAAGGGAGAACUUUUGUAGAACAAGGUCAGACGUGAUUAAUCAAAGAGAGGAAAUACAAAAUGAAUGGAAAGAAAUGCUUUCUGCCGAAAAUCAAAAUCUCAAGGAAGAAAUACAGAGAAAGAGGGACGAGCUCAACAAAUUAAAGGAGAUGAUAACCAAAGACAAAGUCGACCUGGUGAUCCUAAGAGGCGAAACACAGAAACAAACUGACAUAUUGGAAAGACAAAAACAUGAUUUGAUUGAGGAACGAGUAAGACUUGAUAAGGCAAAGAUUGAAAUAAAACACAAGCAAGAGAACAUUGAUACUGUCUGGGAAGAAAUAGAUGGAGAGAAGAAGAAAAUUGAUGAAAUGGCCAUUCACCUUGAAAAGGAAAGGAAAGAACUUGACAAUGCAAGGACCAUCGUUACCUUAAAAUGGAAAGAACAAGAACUCAAAGAAAAUGACAUCAUAAAACAAACACAAGAGUUGACCAUCAGUCUGCGUAUCUUACAAGAAGAAAGAGAAGUAUUGGAAAUUAUGAAGAAAGAAUUAAACCUGCAGCAAGAAGAAAUUCAAUCUACGGUUAAUACUAUCGAAGAAGAAAAAGAUGAACUAAGCGUACUAAAGUCCGACAUAGACAUGGAUAUAAGUAUUUUAGUACAGAGAGAGAAGAUAAAAACAGAUGUAUCUGAGAUUAGAAUAAGAGAUGAGGAGCUCAUCAGAACAAUGGAAACUGUGGAACAUCAGAUAACCACACUCAAAGAUCUACAUGGCAGGACUCGUGCAGACAUCAGGAGGAAAAUCAAAAACUUAGAAGAGAAAAAUAUGAAUAUACAAAAACUCAGCCAGAUUUUGAAAGAAAAAUAUGAUGACGUUGAUGAACAGAAAGAAAAGAUGGAAGCUUAUUCUGCACUGAUACAGAAAGAAAGGGAGAAUCUGAUUAGAACAAGGUCAGAACUGAUUCAUCAAAGAGAAGAAACACAAAAUGAAUGGAAACAAAAACUUGCUGUGGAAAAACAAAAUCACAAGGAAGAAAUUCAGAGAGAGAGGGAAGAGAUUAACAAAGUAAUGGAGAUCAUAACCAAAGACAAACUGGACCUGGAGGUCCUAAGGGCCGACACACAGACACAAAUUGACACAUUGGAAAGAGAAAAACAUAAUGUGAUGGAGGAACAAACAAGGCUUGAAAAGUCAAAGAUCAAAACAAAACAUGAGCAAGAGAACAUUGACGCUGUCCUAGAAGAGAUAGAUGGAGAGAAGAAUAUGGCAGAAAUGGCCGUUCAGGUUGAUAUGGAAAGGAAGGACCUUGAGAAUGCAAGCACCAUCAUUACCUUGAAACAGAAAGAACAAGAACUCAAAGAUAAUGACAUUAUAAAACAAACACAAGAGUUAGAUGCCAGUCGAUGUAUCUUACAAGAAGAAAGAGAAGUAUUUGAAAUCAUGAAGAAAGCUCAGAAUGAAAAUGACAUCAUAAAACGAACACAAGAAUUGGAAUUGGAGAGUGAAAGGUUCAGGUCACUUUUUGAACAAGCUAUGAAAAUAACAGAUCGAUUAAAAGAUCAGAUCAAGGUGGAGAAACAAGAAAAAGUCCAACUUAUAGGCACUAUGCUAAAAAUUCAAUACACCUUAGAGCAAAUGAAGCUUGAGAAUGAAAGACAGAUUCAAGAAAUUUACAAAAUCAAGAGGAAGACUGUCUUAGAUCUGAGGGGAAAAUAUGAAAUGGAAAAAAUUAAAUUUGAAGCAAAGAAAAAAGUCACAGUUUCAGAACAUUUAGAUAUGGAUGUAGAAGAGAACAUUGACAAGAUCAAACACAAACUUAAACAGAUGUGUGUGGAAAUGCAAGAGCAGAAGCAGGACAUUGAAGGAAAACUGUAUGAGCUUAGUGUGAAAAAGAAAGAGACAGAAAUCACUUUGACCACAAUUAAAAGGCAAUGGGAGGAACUGCAACACCAAAAUACAGAAGAUGGACAAGACAAACAAAAGAUACAGAGGCUACUUAACAAUAUCAGCAGCCAAAUAAAAGAAAUCCAAAAAGAGAGGGAGGAAAUCCAAAGCAAAAUCAUUAAUAUGAAUACCGAGAGGGCUUCUAUAGAACAGAUUGAAACUGAUUUACAACGACAAUCUGAGACCCUGUAUCAUCUUGUGGCGGUGACAAAAUUGGAAAAGCAAAAGAUUGAAAAACUGGCAAUCCAAAACAUGAGGAAGAAGGUGGAAACAGAACGUUUUAGAGAAUAUAUCAAGAAAAAGACCGACGAUUUAGAACUUGUUAAAACUGAUAUUGAUACCAAGAUAAAUAAACUUGAAAAAAUACAGAUGGCUUUACGAACACAUUGUGAAAAUAUAACUCAUCUCAUGCUGGAUGUAAAGAAAGAGACGGAAAAUACUAAACAGAAGAUUUUUCAAAUCCAAGCUCAUUUGACCAAAGAAAAGAUCAGGCACCAAGGCCAAAAACCACACUUUGUCAAGUGGAGACAGACUGAGCUGGAGACAGUAGCACAGAGACAAGAUGAAGACUCCUCAAAAUACACUGACACUGUUAAUGUUGAACAUAUGGAAACCGCUGAGAAGACUGAUUUCACAGAGGAGAUGCUGAAGAAGGAACAGCUCCGAAAAAUCUGGAAAAAGACUAGAGUGCAAAGAGUGGAGAUCGAUCAAAUGAAGCGCAGAGGUUAUGAUAUGAGAAAGAACCUGGAGAAAAGACUAACUGUGAUUCGUGAGGUAGUUAAGAAAACUUUGUUGCAGAGAGAAAGAGAACCAAGUGAGAAGAUGACUGCAGAGCUAGAACAAGAAAGCCAAAUCUCCCAAAGAGAAGAGGAAAGAAACCGGAAGAUGCUGCAUGACAAGUACAAAGAUCUUGAAUUACUUAAAAUGCAGUUCCUCACAGAGAUUAAAAAAAUCUGUUUCAUGGAAAAAGAGCCAAAGACUGUGAAAACCAGUGAUAAAGCCAUGCAAACAACCCCAUUAGAUGAAACCACAACAGGUUUGAUGUCACAGGAGUGGAAAGGCACAGCACUUCAAAUAACAUCUGAAGAGACAACAAGUUGGAUGCUGUCAGAAUCAUUUGGCAGCUCAACACAGGAGCUCCUAGAACCAGGUGAAGGACAGACUGCCCAGGGGGUCCAAGUAGCCGGUGAAGCUCCAGAAAGCUCCAGCGGAGUGCUGUCUCAACUUUGGCACUACUGUUACCGUUGCUGCUGCUGCUGCUACUGCGACUGCUGUAGAGAGGUGUGCCAAGAAGAGACAGAGACUGUUUAACUGAGCAAUAUCCAACUUGCAUGUUGAAGCACAUGCUCAGAGGACAUUGGUUUUGCUUUGUUAUAUAUGUAUUUUAGUCAUGCUUUAACUUAUAACUGCAAAAUACACACACAAAAUACACAGAAAUUUUAUCUUUUACUUUAACAAAUAAGUAAUACAUUUCCUGGGAUUUCUUUUCUUUUUUUUUUUGCUUUAGCAGUCCAGUUAGAAAUACUAUUAUUGAGAGUGUUCCUGUUUUUUGUCCUUUGAUAGUCUUUUAUAGUCUUCUCAGUUUUUUCUUCCAUUCAUUCAUAGGAAUGUUACACUAUGAUGAAAAUAUUAUUACAUGAAUUCAUUGUAACAUAUUACAACAUAUUAAUGAUGAGAUAGCUUUUGUCUAAUUGGAUUAGAGUCACAUUUAUUGUCACGGCAUAGAGCACAGGUACUGAGACAAUGAAAUGCAGUUUGGCAACUAACCAGAAUGUGCAAAAUAGUAAAGUGCAAGGUAUAAUACAUAUGAAUGUACAGAGGUAAUAUGGAAUGUCAAUAAAUAUGAAUAUACAGUAUGUAUACAGUAUUUAAAUCUAUACAGUGGUGCAGUUGUGUACACAAAUAAGGUAAUACUAUAGGAGUGAGAGUAAUCAAUCAAUUAUUGCAAAGGGCUGUCUUUUACAUGUACCUGUACUCUUUUGAACCCGCUGGAAAUGAUACUCAAAAGCAUACACUGCAUUAAAAAAAAUGCAUUUAAAGUCAGUGGUAUAUAAGAGGCUGAAACUGCUUCAGAAAAAAAGCAAGUAGUCAUAUAGUAAGUAGCAAGUAAAUUGAGUUUUGCUGUUGAAAUUUACCCUUUUGUUUGUUUUUGCUGAGAAAAUAAAUAUAUAUUCAUUCAAACAUA